AGAGUAUCAUGUUGAGCACGCAGGCGACUAUGUUCAGGCCGCAACACAGGACACCAAAAAGGCACUCAGAUACCAGAGUAAAGCCAGGAGGGUGAGUUUGUGUGCUCGCCCGAAGUCUCCUUGACUUUCUCCAUGUGUUUUUCUCUUCUGUGUGGAAAUUUCAAACCCCGAAUCCCUUGAUUAUGAACACUGUUUUUUUUUUUUAUCUUCCUCCGUUGAAUCCCCCGUGGUGUAUAAAAAGUCCCCGCAUUCCCAUGGCCGACUUGAAUAACUGGGUGGAAAUGAGGUUAUAUUGAGUCGGGCCACCGUUGUCUCGUAGUUGGUGUUUGAUCCCCACCUGCUUGGCUGCAAUUUGGAUCUGCGUGUUGGGCUGAAUAUGAUUUUAUUUUUUUUUUUCCAUGACGAUGAUGAUUUUGAUUUGAUUGAUUGAUUGAUUGACUGAUGACUGAUUGCCGCUUCUUCCCUCCCUGUUUUGGCUACCUGCUGCUCAUGGCACAGCAUACAUGCACCUGCAGAUGCUGCGUUGUAUGGAAAAAGUUUUUCUUUCUCUCUUUUUUAGUUCAUCUUGUCAAUUAUAGUUUGUAUUUUCCGUUGUCGUCUCGGUUUCCUGCAUGUGUUGAGUUUUGGUUUUUGUUCGACACUCCUGCGGAGUACGUAGGGAGAGAUGGUGGACAACAUUGAGGCAAAUGUGAUGAAGGCGCAGGAUUACACUGAAGAGGGGAAGCAGGAGACCAAGAAGGCUGUCAUCUAUAAGAGUCAAGCCAGGAAGAAGAAAAUUAUCAUCGUGGUGAUAGUGCUGGCAGUCGUGGCAAUCCUGUUGACUGUAAUAAUUCUCAACGUGUGACGAAAGGAGGCGGAAGCAAGAAAAGGAAGAAAUCGAAGGAAUCCAAUUUUCUUACAUAGUACACACACACACACAAGGAGAAAAGAAACCGUGGACUGGUGCUUUAUGGUCUCUUCUCAAAAAAAAAAAAGAAAAAAAGAAAACCCAAUCCCAUUUUUCUCCCCCAUCCCCCGGAAUUUCUCGAAAAAAAAAAAGAAGGAUCCAUCGUCAUUAUUGUUUUGCACAAGCAAAAUCCCCGAGUAGAGCGUGUUACCAGUGUUCCUGCAUGUUUGUGUGUUGAACAAAUGCAUUCCCCUGAAUGAAGAUCCAAUGACUUUCUCUGUUGUUCCGCCUCCUUAUUUUUAAUUUAUUUCGUGAGUGUGUGUUUGUGUGUGUGUCUGCGUGUGUAUAUAUGUGUGUGUGUGUGUAUGGUUCCCCCUACUUCUUUUGCUUGUGUUUGUUUGUGUUCCCUGCUGCCUCAUUCAUGCGUGACUCCCUUUUUAUUAUACCCACUCGAACACUUGCCCCCCUUAAAGCAAGCCUGACUUAUUGGUGUUGAUGACCAAUUGCUGCCUUUUUGCUCAUUCGGCUUCUUUCUUUUUUUUUCUGGGUGUGGGGUUUUUUUUUCCGGGGUUUCUUCUCCAUUUCCUCUGCUCAUCAUUGUGCUUCUUCACGUGUGAUGGCGGCAAGAGCAGAAAAAGAUCAUGAUCCUCAUCUGCGUCAGUGUUGUUGUUGUUAUACUGAUCGCAACAAUUGGGAGCUCCAUUGGCUUCUCAUAAUGCCAAGUGGGCCCCCAUCUUACGUCAUCAAUCUGUUCCAGGAUGGACGUGGUGUGGUUGGAAACGAGAGGAAGACUGGAGUGGGGAAAGUCGAAGGGCUAUAUAGUCGUAUCAUGAAACCCCGACAGUCACUAAAAUGGUUGGCUGUUGUAGCCCCCCCAAAAAGGCGCCAUGAUGAUGAUGCAGCAGUGUUCACCAAGAGAUACAUUCUCGGAUGCAGGCUAGGGAGUUGCGCAAAAUCCGCGGAUCCGAGAGAAACUCGUGCCGAAGACAUGAAGGCUUGCGUGAUCGCGUUGCUUCUUCUUGGAUGCGCCGCUUUGUCGGCUGGUCAAGCAAGAAUCCAUGGACAAUUCGGAGGAAGCAGCUACUAUUACUCCUGGCGAGAGAAUCGAGGUCUUCAAGUAGGAUGGGAUGGUGCAAAUAACUUCUGUCGCCAACUUGGCAUGGGUUUGGUUUCAUUGGAUACUCCUCAAGAAGCCAACUUUGUCACAGGAAUCAUUGCUCAAGAGAGAUUGGAGUACAUUUGGACCUCUGGCAGACGCAACCGCAACGGCUGGGUUUGGUCUUCCAACGGAUCUCCGAUACGUUUUGGACAAUGGUCUCGCACUGGUGGAUCCGGGCGCCCCCAGCCUGAUAAUCGCGAAGGCAACGAGUUCUGUUUGGCGGUUCUCAACAAUUUCUACCGCGAUGGUAUCUUACUACCGUCAAACCCUGGCGGGUACAACUUGGCUCCAGACCCGGACCAAAACCAUCCAUUUGUGAGGAUCGGUUGGAGGUCAGCUCGGUCGCAACCCGGGAAGUCNGGACAAUUCGGAGGAAGCAGCUACUAUUACUCCUGGCGAGAGAAUCGAGGUCUUCAAGUAGGAUGGGAUGGUGCAAAUAACUUCUGUCGCCAACUUGGCAUGGGUUUGGUUUCAUUGGAUACUCCUCAAGAAGCCAACUUUGUCACAGGAAUCAUUGCUCAAGAGAGAUUGGAGUACAUUUGGACCUCUGGCAGACGCAACCGCAACGGCUGGGUUUGGUCUUCCAACGGAUCUCCGAUACGUUUUGGACAAUGGUCUCGCACUGGUGGAUCCGGGCGCCCCCAGCCUGAUAAUCGCGAAGGCAACGAGUUCUGUUUGGCGGUUCUCAACAAUUUCUACCGCGAUGGUAUCGUGUGGCAUGACGUUUCUUGCCAUCACCAGAAACCCUUCAUCUGCGAGAUCCAAGGCGGUGGAUUCAGAGGCUGAUUGGUUUCAUUCAAAAUUGCUUUUGUAUGGAAUCCUAUUUAUAUCAUUACUUGAUUCAUUGAGGGCAUGUUUCGUACUUUUGGGGGAGGUUUGAGUGCUGACGAUGGCCCUCUGAGCUUGAUUGAACCAAUAAACGUUUAUUCAAAGCAUACGCAAUGCCCAUUGGUUUCCAUAUGUGGAUCUUUCUCGAUCCGGGAUGCCGUUUGCAACUGCCAAUCUCGCGCCAGCCUUGUUCUUCGAAGC